CCACAAGUAAAUUGUCAAGUUGUUGAUGAGACGUGGAUAGCAAGUACUUCGACAGCGUUUUGAUAGGUGGCCUGACGGACGACGACAUCCUAAAUUGUCAAGAGUUGCUCAAGGAACGAGGCUAUAUGCUACGACCACGCUGGCUCAGAGGUCGGGAUCCUUCAUGGAAUAAUACGAAGAAGACGUCAGAAGCAGAAGCAUGUCAGUUUUGAACGGCAACCACAGUUCAUUUGUGUUCCAAACUCUAGAUGCUCGACGCAUCUCAGACGGAGAGAUCGUACACAAAAAAGUCAAGCUUCGUGAUCCGACUUCGGGAGUUCAGUCUAAACUGAAGAUGGGGCCACCUUUUCGAAAGGAACCAUACGCGGCUGACUCGAGAAAUCAUUGCGUACCCAUAUACAAAGUCCUCGCCAUACCAGACGUCGAUGAUACCGUCUUGCUGGUCAUGCCUCCGUCUUCUACGCUGGACCCGUAUUCAAUUUGAGACUGUCAGCGAAGUCGUGGAGUUUUGCCGUCAGAUUUUCGAAAUUCGUUUCCCACACCGUUCGGAAUAUCUUUCAAAUUGACUAUCACCAGGGAUUGCAGUUCACGCACGAAUCGCAAUCCAUCCGCAAUAGACGUAUAUCGUGUCGCCAACAUCAUCAGAGAAGGAUUUUCUGGGCUGACGACCCAUCCGACUCAAUCCAUCGUUUCGUUCAUGCAAUCUCUACUCUCGGAUAUUACCUAUGGCGAUCCGACUAAACGGCCGAACAUGAACCAAGUCGCCUCGUGGUUUGCUGAUACUGUGAAAGGGAUGUGCGAGUUCAAGUUUCGCUCUCGGAUAUCCUUUAGGGACGAAAGCAUACUUGAUCGCUUCGUGCGCAUUGGCUACCUGGCGACUCGAGUACCUGCUAUGCCUACCCGAAGAAGCGAGGGUUGUAAAAAUUGACCUAGUCACGUCAGCUACUAUAUUAUGAAUUGCAACGAACAACACCCAACGGUGUUUCUAAUGAUCGCUACUACCAGGACAGUAGAGCUUCUUGAUGCGUACAUUUCACCUCUUCUAGCUGCACAGGGGAAACUCUAUCAAAACCAGAACAAUGAGGCGAAUACAUGGGUGGCAUGAGAACGAUACAAAGUGUACGGAUACUCAAACCACGGGUACUCACUUCGCCGUCGUUUCAAAUUCGGGACGGAAACCUUGUUCGUUCAGGGCCUUGAUCGACGUAUCAACAACAUUUCAUGUUAAAGAACCCGGUUCGGGAGAAUUGGAUGCGGCGACCCACGGUGUGCCAAAGCAACUCCAAGGUCGUUUGGUACCCGUGCAACUCCGGGUCCCUGCAAGACCUCAAUCUGAUCUAUAGGAGUUCUUUUGCGGCCGUUGGUUGACAAUAAACAAUCGCAUGGUCCGUAACCCGUCGUUAAGGUCUUUCUUACGCUGUACUGUCUUCCGCAAAGCCCAAAGUCCCUUCUUGCGGCGUUCAUUGUUGACGAAUCAAU